CGGUGCCGGCUCUGCCUGAGGAGGAUGGCGGCGGCGCGGAGGGCUCGGGCGGGAGAUCCCCGCGCCGGGUUCAGGCAGGCGGCGGUGGAUGCAGGCCCCGCCAUCCCGCAAGGGCUGAUCCGGGGGGCUCGGAAGAGCGGGCACUUAAACCUGUCGGGACGGAACCUGAGCGAGGUGCCUCAACAUGUGUGGCGGAUAAAUUUGGAUACACCCGAGGAGGCUCAUCAGAACCUCUCCUUUGGGGCUGCGGAUCGCUGGUGGGAGCAAACGGAUCUGACCAAGCUGAUCCUCGCCUCAAACAAACUGCAGUGCCUGUCAGAGGAUGUCCAGCUUCUGCCUGCACUCACCCUUCUGGAUGUGCAUGAUAACCAGCUGACAUCACUUCCAUCUGCUUUAGGACAGUUGGAAAAUCUGCAGAAACUUGAUGUCAGCCACAACAAGCUGACCAGUAUCCCUGAGGAGCUGCUGCAGUUGACACACCUGAGGAGCCUCCUUCUGCACCACAACCAGCUGAGUCACUUGCCAGAUGGAUUCGGACAACUUGUCCAUUUGGAGGAAUUAGAUGUGUCCAACAACCAGCUCACAGACAUUCCAACAAGUUUUGCUUUGCUCAUUAACUUAGUGCGACUCAAUUUGUCUUGCAACCAACUCAGAAACCUGCCUGCAGAUAUCAGUGCCAUGAAAAGCUUAAGACAACUGGAUUGUACUAAAAACUACCUGGAAACUGUACCUUCUAAAUUAGCAACUAUGGCAGCUUUGGAACAGCUUUAUCUGAGAAAAAAUAAACUGCGUUCCUUACCAGAAUUUCCCUCGUGCAAAUUACUGAAGGAAUUGCAUGCUGGGGAAAAUCAGAUUGAAACACUGAAUGCAGAGAAUCUGAAGCAUCUGAACUCCCUCUCUGUCUUGGAGCUCAGAGACAACAAGAUAAAAUCAGUUCCUGAUGAGAUUGCAGUGCUUCAGAAGCUGGAGCGACUUGACCUGGCCAACAAUGACAUCAGUAGGUUGCCUUACACGUUGGGGAACCUCCCUCACUUGAAAUUCCUGGCAUUAGAGGGAAAUCCUUUGAGGACCAUCCGAAGAGACCUGCUGGAGAAAGGCACCCAGGAACUCCUGAAAUACCUAAGAAGCAGAAUCCAAGGUGAUGGAGCCAGCCCCAGUGGAGAUCCUCCUGCCACAGCCAUGACCCUUCCCAGCGAGGCACGGAUCAACAUGCACGCCAUAACAGCACUGAAACUGCUGGACUAUAGUGAGAAACAGGCAGCUGUGAUUCCUGAUGAGAUGUUUGAUGCAGUCAGAAGCCAUCCUGUCACCACUCUCAACUUCAGCAAAAACCAGCUGAAUCAAGUCCCUCCAAGGAUCGUGGAGCUGAAAGACUCAGUCUGUGAUGUCAGCCUUGGCUUCAAUAAAAUCUCAUCUCUCUCCUCGGAGCUUUGCAUGCUCCAUAAAUUGACACAUUUGGAUGUCAGAAAUAAUUUUUUGACAUCACUACCCGAGGAAAUGGAGGCACUGACAAGACUGCAAAUAAUAAAUCUUUCUUUUAAUAGGUUUAAAUUAUUUCCCAGCGUCCUUUAUCGCAUCCUGGCACUGGAGACCAUCCUGCUGAGUAACAAUCAGGUUGGGUCCAUAGACCCUCUGCAGCUAAAGAAGAUGGACAAUCUUGGGACACUGGACCUUCAGAACAAUGACCUCCUCCAGGUGCCACCAGAACUUGGAAACUGUGAAAAUCUGAGGACACUCCUGCUGGAGGGAAACCCAUUCCGCACACCUCGCGCAGCCGUGCUGGCCAAGGGCACAGCUGCAGUGCUGGAGUACCUGAGGAGCAGAAUUCCUGCCUGAGGGCAGCCUGGGGAGGCAAAGUACAACCCUGGUGUCACCCUGCUGUCCCUGGUGUCACCACCUUCCUCCUCUCUCCUCCCCUGGGUGGUCCCUGCCCCGUGCCACAAAGCGUUGGUAACACUGGUUGUAGUUUGCACGUUAAGAACAAACUCACCUAUGGAAUGUUUUCCCCUGAGGCUGCAUGUUUGGAGAGUGCAUUUUAAAAUUCCACAGGACAUGUUUACAGUUUUUGUAAUAAAGAGCACCCCUGGCAGCUGCCUCCAGCAAGGGUGAUGAUGGGUUUGUUUUUUUUUUAUUCAGUUAAGCUAAUUUUUAAAAAAAUAUUGUCAGCCUCAAAGUAUUUGAGCAAAAGGCAGCAGUGAACACAGGGCUUGCAUUUGAUGGUCUCCUGUAAGAUGUUUCCUCUCUCCUCUGCUGCCUCCAACGUGUCUGUCUGGGAUAGAGUACUGGAGCCCUUGAGCUGGGGGGAGGUGGCCCCUGGGCUGCUCGUAUCUCACGUGGAAGUAAGAAAAGUGUGGUUGGUGUUGGUAGCUGCAAUGAAUCAAUAAAUGGUUCCUGCUGGA